GCCUCUCUAGGAACGAGGGCUCGUUCGCCUUUCCUCCGAGCUUCUUGGAAUGGAAUGCAGGCGUGGGAGUUUUUCCCAGGAUCGGAGCCGGGAGAGUGUGAGUUGCAUGCAGCCGCUCCUUUUCACGCACGAAAGCAUCGUGGAAAGCCAAACCCUCCAAUGCAUUAAAAGCGCCUUUCUGGGAAAACUGGGAAGGAGGCUCCCAGGUGGUGGGGAAAAAGGAAUCGGGUGCGUGGGAAAGGGGUAGGGGCCGCCUGGAGGAUGCCUCCCCUGCAGAAGCUCGGCGCCUUCCACGAUCCUAACCUUUGCUAGCUGCCCCCUCUGACUUCCCUGCUGCCCACGUAGCCCGUUUCCUGAUCUCGGAUGGUGCUGAUGAAAUAAAAUCCCUGGAGGGUCCCAGGCUUAGCCUCCCACCUCAAAGGUCUGGUGGGGGUUAGAACGCAGAAUAACAGAGUUGGAAAGUGCCUCAUCUAUUUUAUUUGUUUUAUUUUAUUAGAUUUUUAUACCGCCCUUCUCCCACUGGACUCGGGGCGGUGAACAGCCAAGAAUAAAAACCAUCACAUACAAAAAUUUAAUUUUUUCAAAAAAAAUGUUGGCUCAAUAAAUUUAAAACACCCCAACUAAAAUCAAAUUAACAAUUAAAAAUAUCUAACAGCAGCAAGAUUGUUGAUAGCACAACAUUGGAAGAAGGACUUUUUGCCUAGUAUUGAUGACUGGAUAUUGAAAGUAACUAAUUUAGCUGAAAUGGCUAAAAUUUCAGCAUAUUUGAAGGAUCACACACAAGAAAGGUUGAAUCUCUCCUUGUUCAGUUUCCAUCCAUGAUUCCUUGUUUGGCCUUCAGGUUCAAGUUAAGCGCCAUGAAAACAGAAUGAAGCAGACCAUCUUCCUUCACGUAUCAGAUCUUUGCUCUUGGAGAUAAAUGACUCGCUGUCCUUGUGGGAUCCAUCUGCAGCCUCUUCGUGCAGUUCAGUCUCUAAGAACGAAAGCAACUUUGUAGAGAAGAGAGAUUUUGUAUUUUUUUGGGCCCUGGUGGAAACUACACUGGAGUUAUAAAGAUAAAAUGGACGUCGAAAGGCCAGCAGGAUUGGGUGCCGCAAAGGGCCUCUCUGCCUUUGAGGACAGGACCAGUAGUGUGUCAUGGAAAAGCACCAGGCAGAAGAUUCUGCAUGAAGAAGUCAUCAGUUCUGAUGUUCAUCGUUUGUUCUUCAGGAAUUUCUGCUAUCAAAAGGCCAAGGGGCCCAGGGAGGUUUGCAGCCAACUCCAUCAGCUUUGUCAUCAAUGGCUGAAGCCAGAAAGCAGCACCAAAGCUCAGAUGGUGGACAUGGUGGUGUUGGAGGAGUUUCUGGCUGUCCUGCCCCCAGAAAUGGAGAGCUGGGUGAGGGAAUGCGGAGCAAAGACUUGUUCCCAGGCGGUGGCCCUGGCCGAAGGUUUCCUCCUGAGUCAAGCAACGGAUGAGGGGCUAGUAGAGAAGCAGGUGCCAGAAGCGUUGACGGAGACACAGCCCAAAGAAAAGGAAGAUGGGUCCACUUUUUCUCAGGAGCAUCUUUUUGGGAAGGUCUCUACAGAAGAUCCAACUCCAGUCACCUCCCUAUGGAAUGGAAAGGCAUCGGUGGUAAUCCUUGAAACAUCUCCUGUUUGUGAUGAAGCCAAAACAGAAUUUGGGUCGCCGUCUCAGGGCUCAGUAUCCUUUGAGGAGGUGGCUGUGUAUUUUGUGGAGGAGGAAUGGGAGAUUCUGGAUUCUAACCAAAAAGCUUUGCACACGGAAGUCAUGCUGGAAAAUUCUCAAAACGUGACAGCUCUGGCGGCCUGUGAACAGGAGAAAGAAAAUUCUAAGGAGGAGAGCACAGCACAGUUGCAAACAACCCAAAACGAAGCGGAUGAAGAGACGUUUGGAAAUCAAGAGGAAAUUAACAGUAGUGAAAAACGCUGUGACGUAAAUGGAAGGCAGGAUUCCUAUCCAUCGGGAGGCACGGAAGCACACAUCACCCCCCACGAAGAGUGUGGAGAAGGCGUCGGUGAGAGCAGUGACCUUACGAAGCACGAAGGUAUCCACAGCGGGCAGAAACCUUACGUAUGCGUGGACUGUGGAAAGAGCUUCUGGCAGAGAGCUCAGUUCAGGAUCCACGAAAGAAUCCACACUGGGGAGAGGCCGUUUAAGUGUGCCGAGUGUGGAAAGGGCUUCACGGUGAGAGGUCACCUGAUCAACCACGAAAGAAUCCACACGGGGGAGAAGCCCUUCAGGUGCAUGGACUGCGGCAAGAGCUUCAGUCACAAUAGUGCCCUUUCUCGUCACGAAAGGACCCACACGGGGGAGAAGCCCUUCAAGUGCACGGACUGUGGGAAGGGCUUCUGUCACGGAGGCAAACUUCGGAUCCACGAAAGAAUCCACACAGGGGAGAAGCCGUUUAAAUGUACGGAGUGUGGAAAGGGCUUCAGCAUGACGGGACACCUUGCGAAUCACGAAAGGAUCCACACGGGAGAGAAGCCCUUUAAGUGCACGGACUGCGGCAAGAGCUUCAAUCAAAACAGCAGCCUUAUGACCCACAAAAGAAUCCACACAGGGGAGAAGCCAUAUCACUGUCUGGAGUGUGGCAAGAGCUUUAGUCACAACAGUGCCCUUACUCGUCACGAAAGGACCCACACCGGUGAGAAACCUUUCGAGUGCCCGGACUGUGGAAAGAGUUUCAGUCAAAACAGCAGCCUAAUGACCCACAAAAGAAUCCACACGGGGGAGAAGCCAUAUCGUUGUUUGGAGUGUGGAAAAAGCUUUAGUCACAACAGUGCCCUUACGCGUCAUGAAAGGACCCACACCGGGGAGAAACCAUUUGAAUGCCCGGACUGUGGGAAAAGCUUCAGUCAGAAUAGCAGCCUUAUGACCCACAGAAGAAUCCACACGGGGGAGAAGCCAUAUCAGUGUCCGGAGUGUGGAAAGAGCUUCUGUCAGAGUGGUCAAUAUAUGAUGCACAAAAGGAUCCACACGGGAUAGAAGCCAAAUUCAUGGUGCGCGCAUACAACUUUAUUCAGGUAGUAAAUUAUGAAACAGAAAAAUUGACCAGAGAAAAGCCGUCUGGAUCAUUGGAGUGCAGAAAGAGGAAUUUUGCUUCAAAUAAAAGGUCAAGGGAGAAAUAUUUGAAUAUGUAAUAGUGAUGUUACUGUGCAUGAGGUAAUCGGUGUAAUUAUAAAUGCAUUGGAGUGAGGGAAGAGUUAUAAAAGGACUCCAGAUAGUGCUUGACUAUUCAUUUAGAGAUUGUUCAGUCACAAUAGCAUUGAAAAAAGUGAUUAAUGAUCAGUCCUCGCACUUAUGACCAUUGCAGCAUUCCCAUGGUCAUGUGAUCAAAAUUCGGGCUUUUGGCAACUGAAGUGUAUUUACGAUGGUUGCACUGUCCCUUUCUUGCAACCAGAUAGCUGCUAACUCUACAGUCCUUUGACCAAUUUUUGGUUGGGGUUCCUGCCCCUAAACUGUACAUUGGUGGGCAGUAUACCCUGUUUCCCCUAAAAUAAGACAUUCCCUGAUAAUAAGCCCAAUCGGGCUUUUGAGUACAUGCCCUAAAAUAACCCCCCCCCAAAAAAUAAGCCUUCCCUGAAAAUAUUUAAAUGCAUGCACAGCCGGUCCCCGCCAUUUCCUCUGGUUAGGGUUAGGGAGACAGAGCUGGAAAUCAGGUAAGAUGGCAAGAGGAGCCCCAUUUUGCUCCACGCGCCCCAAAAUAAUAAAACAUCUCGGAAAAGAAGGCCAAGCACUUAUUUCGGGGGUCAAAAAAAAUAUAAGGGUCUUAUUUUCGGGGAAAUAUGGUAUUUAAUAAUUACCCGAGUAUUACAUUUAUUAUUUCAUCCUAAUUUUAAUCUUGUCUUUUGGCCAUAACCAUUUUCUAUCCAAAUCAGCCAACCUUGCUCAUGUCGAAACCUUUGUUGAUAUGUGAGAUUAUAUCACAUUGGUCUAGAAUCACAUUUUUAACGCAAUAGCACUUAGACUUAUAGACCGCUUCACAAUGCUUUACAGCUCUCUCUAAACAAUUUGCAGAGUCAGUAUCUGGCUCCCAACAAUCUGGCUCCUCAUUUUACCGAUCUCGGAAGGAUGGAAGGCUGAAUCAACCUUGAGUCGGUCAGAAUAAAACUGCACUCAACCGGCAGUCAGCAGAAAUAGCCUGCAGUACUGCAUUUUAACACUGUGCCACCAAGCUCAUAAUAAUAAUAAUCAUAGUAACCGAUUGCCACCCUCGCUAGAAAACUGGCAUCCACCCAAGGCCACCUAUCCUUGCUUGGGUGGUUAAAAGAUGCAGUAACCUACUCAAACACAGUAAAAAAAAUCUUUGGUGAGAAGGUAACAGAGUUCCGUGCUCCUUUGGCGUUUAGUCAUGCCGGCCACAUGACCACGGAGAUGUCUUCGGACAGCGCUGGCUCUUCGGCUUUGAAAUGGAGAUGAGCACCGCCCCCUACAGUCAGGAAUGACUAGCACACAUGUGCCAGGGGAACCUUUACAUUUACCUUGCUGGCUAGAGGAAAUUUUUAUUUUUCAAAAGGAAAGUUUACAAAUAAAAAGGAACUGUAAAUUAUAAAUCUCUUCAGAAACUAAUCUAUAUUAACUAUUUUCUACAAGCUGUUUAACUACAUUAUAUUCUUUAAAGUCCAGUUUAGACUUAGACUUAGAAUAACUCUAUUGUCACUUUGAAUGUACGCUAGUCAGCAUAAAUUAAAAAGGAAAUUUUGUUGCAUACAGUUCAAAGGGUCACCAACUCCAAUAUACACUACAUGAACAUGAUAAAUAAAUAAAUACAAAAUUAUGCAUAUACCCACCGGUAUAUUACAUGACACAGAGAAACAACACAGUCUAGUUUGGAUGUAUGCAUGUACAUGGUGAGAGAAACAAAUCUUGUGAGUUUACCAGACGGAUGGCAUAGGGAACAAAACUGUCACAGAAUCUGGAAGUCCUGCUAGAAAUAUUUCAAAACUUCCUCCCAGAGGGAGCAGCAGAAACAGUCUGUGAAAUGGGUGUGUGGAUCCUCUUAACAAUGUUAUAGUUUCACUAUAAUCUCACAUCUUUCUAUUCUAUAUGUCCGAUACAUUUAUUUAUUUCUGACGUCUCAAUUUCUCCCAUCUUAAUCCGUAUAUAUUCUUAGGGUUAUUCUCUGUAGGGGUAUGCUCCUUUUUAGCAUAAUUCAAUCUGUCAAUUCAAAUUUGUUUUCUAUUUCGCUCCUGUCCAAAUCUUGAUAUUUUCCCUCCCACUUUUUUUUACUUGUUUGUCCUUGGCUGGGAUUCUUGAUUCUUCUCUUCUUAUGAAUAUUGGCUCCAACUGAGAGAAACGGUUUUGGAGAACUUUUCUCUCGUACAGUUCCAAGGGAAAGAAAUAAAUCUCUUUCUUCUCAGCUGUCUCAGCUGCUGUCUGCUUUCCUUUUGCCUCCUCUCACUAGGGAAGCUUGUCUUUUAAUUUGCCUCUUUAUUUUUAUAUUUUUUAUUUACAUUUUUGUUAUUUUUUACAAACAUAUCAAUGCGUGAACAGCAUGGCACCUGGGUGUCAUACAUUCCAAUACAAACAAAACUAAUAGAAUUAAUCAUAGUUAUUACAUUCAAUCAAUUUAUAUAUUUCUAAUAAUGAUACACAUUUAUAUUAAAUUACAAUCUGUCAUUAUUCAAUUAUUCCACAUUUUCUCAUUAUUACUUUAUUUUAUUGUAUAAAAGUGUAUACACUAAUACUCCCCCUUCUCUUAUUUCUAUGACUUAUUCUACCUUUUAAUCAUGUCACCCUUUAUUAAAAGACAUUUUUUUCUAUCCUACCUAACUUUCUUGUCAUGUCACCUACCUAAAAAAAAAAAGAGAGCGAGAGAAAGAAAGAAAGGGAAAAGCAAAUCAGAACAACAGCAAAAAAGAGAAAUCAUCUAUCCAUCGUCUCUUGCCCGCUUCAAUACUUUAAUUGCUCUGCUUUUUUUGACUUGCCUCCCAUAUUCCUCUCUUGGAUCUUUAUCUUUGUUUGCAUCUGCUUCUUGGCUAUUCAAUCUAAUUAAUCUGCCUCUUUAUUGACACCUGGGCUUUGGCUCGGUUUAUUCAGCCUCCUCUUUGUAAGGCUCAUGGCAACAUAAAUGCAAACUUUACAUCUGGACACCAACUUAUGGAAUAUAUUAAAAUCAUUUGACCAGCAAUAGUACUUAGACUUAUAUACCGCUUCACACUGCUUUACAGCCUUCUCUAAGCAGUUUACAGAGUCAGCAUAUUGCCCCCAACAAUCUGGGUCCUCAUUUUUACUGACCUUGGAAGGAUGGAAGGCUGAGUAUAAUAGAAAUCAGAAGCUGGAGAAAUGUCCUUUCAUCCCAGAUAUUUUCAGAUGGAAACUGUAAAAGAUUGAAUUAUAAGCAUCAGAUGUGCAGAUGAAAGUUGAAGAAUUCAAGGACGGAGAUAAUUACAGCUGAAGGAUAAUCAGAAUACACCUAAUUUACUAAAAAGAAUAAAGUACAAACUGAACACACUUAAAUUACUGAAGAAAAGAGAACCCACUAUGAGAAAUGAUAAAAAGACAUUGUGGAAUGAUUGAUUGAUUUAUUGAUUUAUUGAUUGAUUGAUUGAUUGAUUGAUUCGAUUUAUAUGCCGCCCUUCUCCAGAGACUCAGGGCGGCUUACAAUGCGUUAAGCAAUAGCCUUCAUACUUUUGUAUAUACCGGCUUAGUAGGGCUUUUGGCCCCCUCUAAGCGGUGUUCUUUUUUAUACAAAGUCAGCUUAUUGCCCCCACAAUCCGGGUCCUCAUUUUACCUACCUCGAAAGGAUGGAAGGCUGAGUCAACCUUGCAGGAAGAAAAUCCAGAAUUUAAAACAAAAGAUCCUUUUUUUUUUUUUAAGUAGCCAGGAAAAAUAGAGAUGAAAAUUUCAGAGGCAAGAAAGUUAAAGAACGAUUUGAUACAGCCUUUCAACCAUCAAGCAAGAAAGGGCAAGAAAAAUGCCUCAGUCAUGUCGAUAAAUAGGAAAUUAGCAAAAGGAAAAAUGCUUUUAAGAGGGUCAGCUUUUGCAAAUAAGAAGUAGAGAAUGGUAUGCUGUAAUUAAUUAAGUCAAUGAUUUCUAAAUUCCUUUUAAAAAAUUUUAUUGUAGUAUAAAUACAAGUAGUACAUUAUAUUAUUGGGUACAGUGGUAUUUAUACAUUAUUGACUAGAGAUUAUUAACACUAAUGUUUUGGAUAACUUAAACCUUUAAAGAUAAAGAAGUUUAUUUCAGUAUUAACUAUGAUUUCUGAAAUGACAAUGUUGAUAAGCCUGAAGUUGUGUAAAUUUUACAUCCAAAGCUAAAUGUGGCAUUAAUGGAAAAUACAUCCAACUCUUUGUUAAACAACAACGGUUUUUGUCUUUAUAUUGUUACUAAGAUUUCCAUUGAAUUCUUACUUAUUGUUUGUGCCUAUUAAAGGGAAAAAAAAGAGACAAAACAAACAAUGACAAAAAUAAAUAGUUUUAAAAUAGAA